GCAGUUGGACAACAAUCAGCUGACAUGUAUCGAUGAUUCUGCCAUUAAGAACCUCAAUGACCUUCAAGUCUUGACCUUGAACAACAACAACCUGACGACGCUGCCCCGGGAGCUGUUUGAACGUAUGAACGCUCUCAGGAGCGUCCGUCUGGCGGACAACCCGUUCAUCUGUGACUGCCGCCUGUCGUGGCUGGGUCGCUGGCUGCGACGACACCCUACCCUCGCCCUCUUCACCAAGUGCCACGCUCCCCAGACGCUCAGGGGGAAGGAGGUCGCCGAGCUGCACGACUCCGACUUCAGGUGCCCAGGAGAGUCAUUCGGACGCCAGGAGAGUCAUUCUGACGCCAGGAGAGUCAUUCGGACGCCAGGAGAGUCAUUCGGACGCCAGGAGAGUCAUUCGGACGCCAGGAGAGUCAUUCGGACGCCAGGAGAGUCAUUCGGACGCCAGGAGAGUCAUUCGGACGCCAGGAGAGUCAUUCUGACGCCAGGAGAGUCAUUCGGACGCCAGGAGAGUCAUUCGGACGCCAGGAGAGUCAUUCGGACGCCACCAGAUCCAUUCCAAAAGCAUAAACCGAUUACCAAAACACCGUAA